AUGCUGCUGCCCCAGCCCCAGUACCUCGACCAGGAGAGAGGGUGUAGAACCUCCCCCAGGACAAUACACACACCAGGAGGGGAAACAAAAACCAGCGACCCGGACACUUCACACACUCACUCACGCACACACUCACAUCCUCACCUUCCUCCAGCCCCUCCACCACCACGGCUGCCUCCACCUUGCUACGGCAGCCGGGUCUGCCUGCCCGGGUCCUGUGACUCCUGCACCGGCUCCUCCUGAUGGACGGAGGAGGACAACUGUCCAGAGAGCUGCUGCGAGGCCCCCUGCUGCGCCCCCAGCUGCUGCGCCCCGGGCCCCCGCCUGACCCUCCUCUGUGCCCCAGUGAGCUGUGAGUCUAGCUCCUGCUGCCAACUAGCCUGUAGCUACUCCUGCCUGGCCUCAUGUGGCCAGCAGUCUUGCUGCCAGCCCUCCUGCUGCACCUCCUCCCCCUGCCAGCAGGCCUGCUGCAGACCCAUCUGCUGCAGACCCAUCUGCUGCUGGCCCAUCUGCUGCGAGCCCGUCUGCUGCAGGCCCGUCUGCUGCGAGCCCGUCUGCUGCACACCAGUCUGUUGCACACCUGCCUGCUGUGAGCCCGUCUGCUGCAGGCCCGUCUGUUGCACUCCUGUCUGCUGCAGGCCCGUGUGCUGUGAAUCCUCCCCCUGCUCAGCCUCCUUGUGCUGCCAGCCCAACCCCUGCUCCUCGGUCAGUUGCAGACCCUCCUCCUCCGUUUCCCUGCUCUGCCGCCCCGUGUGCCGCCCCGCCUGCUGCGUGCCCGCCUCCUCCUGCCAGCCCAGCUGCUGCCGCCCGGCCUCCUCUGUGUCCCUGCUCUGCCAGCCCGCAUGCUCCCGCCCAGCCUGCUGUGUCCCUGCCUUGGCCCUGAGGCCCUGCUGCUGAGUGUUCCUCUCAAGGUCACCCCAAAGUGAGAGCUCACAGUCAUCUGCAACCUUGGACUCCUUACUGAUAGCCUAGACAGCUUUCCCGUCGCCGCCCCAGGCCCUGCCGUGAAGGCUGCCAGGUCACCCCUCUUGGGAAUGGCACACCCACUUCUUCCAGUGCCGACUCCCCUCCCCCCAACCCUGUCCCGUGUCAACCUUCCCUCCACAACCUGACUUGGCAGCCCAGCUCUCCCAGGGGGUUGAGCCUCACGUGGCAUGAAGGAAGAGAAGAUAAAUGCUUGGAGUUGGUUUCAUCCUCGUCCUCUGAGCUCUGCUGCGACCCCUGCUCCUCCGCUCCUUCCUAAGCUGGUUUCAAUUUCCCCUCCCCUGUGAGCUGCCAGUCCCUUCCAAUAAAUUCCU